AUGCCCAGUCGACCGGGUUUCCAGCUGGACUUCGAAGUCUCAAUGCUGAGAUCCAUAGCGGAGCUCUUCCCCUCAAGCAACGUGAAAGGUUGCGCCUUCCACUUCUCUCAGUGCCUUUGGCGGAAAGUUCAAGACUUAGGUAUCUGUCGAUACUAUGACGACCCUCUCGUGAAAAAAUUCAUACGAUGCGCUGGUGCCUUGGCUCUGGUGCCCUUGUCGCAGAUCGACAGCGCUUGGCUGGAAAUUGACGGCGAGUCGCCUCCGAGCGAUCACCCAGCCUACUCUGCUCUGGAGGACUCCAAAAAAUACUUCAUUAACACAUGGCUCGAAAACGGAGCGGUCUUUCCGCGCUAUCUGUGGAACCAUUUCGGUAACUUCGGUACUCGCACCACAAAUCACCUCGAAGGCUGGCACCAGGCCUUGAACCGCGGUCUCGGUCGGGCUCAUGUCAAUAUAUUCGAGAUGGUCAGCCAUUUGCAAAAGAUCGAGAAAGACUUCAAGACGCAGAUGCUAUUUCUAAGUAUGGGAAGAGCGCCGAAACCGGCGAAGAAAAAAUACGUGAAGGCGAACGAGCGUCUGAUGCGCCUAGUCACCCAGUUCGAGUCGAAUCAAAUUACGCUGAUCGAGUACGUCCAGAAAGUGGGCUUCAAUCUCAAAUCUUGA